AUGCUUCUGUGGAUUCUUUUAUUUAUCGAUGUCUCGGUUCAUGUUGUGCAGAUCCGACGCAGGAGGCCCACACCUGCCACACUCUUCAGAGUCGCAGACCAGGCUUCUCCGGACGAUGACCCGGCCGCGCAUCAGGUAAAGUGGGUGGUGGGAGAAAACGGAAUCCUCAAACCCAAACGCAUCAAUCAGAACGUGUACCAGCCGCCGUCACUCAAAGCUGUGCAGAAGAUGGCAGAGGCCCACAUGCAGAACCUCGGGGUGUACACUGCUCACGAGGGCGACGAGGAAGAGGAGGAGGAGUACGAUCACCACGACACAGCGGCAGUGGAGCAGCCGGAGCGACCCAGCGUCACACAGAUACAGGCCGCGACGGAGGAAGAGGAAGAGGAGGAGGAGGAAGAGCAAAAGAGCAUCUCCACACACAACAUGAAGGGAAGCACAGACGAGCUCAGCCGAAACUGA